CAUACACCUAUUAUAAAGUCGUGACUAACUAUAAUCCCAGUUAGUCGUCCAAGUGCCAGCGUUAGUGAGUGCUCAGUUUGUUUUACAAUAUUUCUUACUACACCACACAAACUAGAAUGGCUAUUGACCUUUACUACACACCCGGAAGUUCGCCUUGCCGAGCAGUACGUUUAGUCGCUGCGGCUUUAGGAGUUGAUCUUAAUCUUAAACUCCUGAACCUCGCGGGCGGUGAACACCUCAAACCCGAAUUUAUCAAGCUAAAUCCUCAGCACACUGUACCAACUUUGGUUGACAAUGGAUUUAGUCUUUGGGAAAGCCGUGCAAUAAUGGGAUAUCUGGUUAAUCAAUACGGAAAAAAUGAUUCUCUGUACCCAAAAGACCCCAAGGCACGGGCUAUGGUUGAUCAAAGACUUUACUACGAUAUGGGAACAAUGUAUCCGGCAUUUUCUGAUUAUUACUAUCCAAUCAUAUUUGCAGGAGCACCGGAAGAUAAAUCAAAGUAUGACAAUAUAGCACCGGCCUUUGAUUACCUUGAUAAAUUUUUAGAAGGUCAGAAUUACGUUGCCGGUGAACGUUUGACUAUUGCUGACCUCGCUUUAAUUUGUACUGUUUCAAACUUUGAGUUGAUUAAAUACGACAUAAGUAAAUACAAGAAUGUCACAAGAUGGGUUGAAAAGAUUAAAUCAGAAGCAGUCAAGUAUGACGAAGUGAAUGGCGAAGGUCUCAAAGCUUUCCAGUCUUUGAUCGAUAAACUCUUGAAGAAUUAAAUUUUAUAUUACAUUUAUAUAAUUACUUCAUCCCAUUUUCUAUUAAUACUGUUUUCAAAGUAUUACUCACCUCAAAUUGAAUUUAUUUAACACUUUUAUUUUGCUCAUUUAAUAUUUUAAUAGAAAAUUUUUAUUAAAUUUUGUAUACUUGAUAAUUAAGAAUUUAUAAACUCUGAUAGUUGCACAAUAAAAAAAAAUGAAAUUGC